AAACAACGCGCUCAUCACUUUAGCGAGCAGAGAGAGACUCAGGUACACUGCGCUCCACUUCACAGCUCUGCGGAAAGACAGCAAAACACAGCCAGCGAAAAUGAACCCGAGAUAUCUACUCAACGUCCGGAUUAUUGGAUUAAUGCAACACAAAAAGCAAAAGACCUACCUUACUUCAGUUCUAUGGUCGGAUAAAAAUGAUGUUCUCGUUUACAGAACGUUUGAAGAGUUUAAGAAAUUCCACAAAAAAGUAGAAAAGUACUUCCCGUUGGAAGCCGGACGCAUUAAGAAGUCUAAUCGAGUAUUACCCAAAUUCGAAGACGUUUCCCUGAAGGAGAGAAGACAUUCUAAAGUGAGCAAGUCAAUGCUGAGAAUGGCAAUGCUGGAGAAUUAUUGUUCGGAGUUGCUGCGAUCCUCCGUCACGAUCGCCACAGAUGAAGGCGUAAUGCAAUUCUUCCUGCCGACCGACAAGGACUUGACCCCGUCCACACCCAAGGACAGUGUCAUCAUCAUGCCGUCUGCAUUCGGGAGAAAGAAAAGUACGUGGAGACGCACAGAUGGCAGCGGUCUCCAAAACAUCACACAGCCGGUGGCCCUCGAAUACUACAAAUGCAUUGCCACUUACGAAGGGAAAGACACCAAGAACAAGCCCUUCAAGGUGAUGGAGAGCGAAACCGUUGAUGUCAUUAACAAGAACACAUCAGGCUGGUGGCUUGUGGAGAAUGAAAGGAAGCAGGUCGCCUGGUUUCCAGCUCCGUAUCUCAGGAAGUCUCUCACUUCUACCCUGUCUAGAACAUCUGAUACCGAAAUCAAUGUUUCCUCUUUAGAGUCGCAGUAUUACGCUGCCAAAGACUAUCAAGCAACAGAUGAUGAUGAACUAUCACUGCAAGUUGGAAUCAUGGUUGAAGUCUUGAGAAAAUCCAUUGAUGGGUGGUGGCUAGCCAGCUACAAUGGAGAAUGCGGAUACGUCCCGUCAGUCUAUCUCCAGCCCUACAGAAACCCACAUUCAAAAUUCCAGCUCCUCAACAACAGCUCCAGCCCAAACCUCGCCCGUCCAGUCAAGGAUGCACAUCAUCGAUUGAGCAACGUAGAUCAGACCAACCAUAACGAUUAUUCAUCUACCAAGCCGACCAGAAAACAAUUGGAGAGGCAACGAUCUAAAUCUGUCAACUGUUUGUCUGACGAGAACCGGUCUCAAAUGGAGUCUCCGUUUUUCCACUUGAACCAGACGGCGAGUCUGAGUGACGAUGCUAGUAGUUCCACUGUAAGCUCGGCCAAGUCGAGUUCAUCAGUGGACAGCUGCUCGGAUGGCUUAAACACCUCCCAAGGCUCUGAUGGGGUGUUUGAGAGGAAUGACUUUCUGUCCCCUCCUCAAAGCGCGUCCAAAAAUCUAAACUCUUCCUUCGAGAAACAGAUGGAAUUGAGUCCCGACCCUGAGAUUUCCCCGGGUGAGAACAUUUCGGAAGCAAAUCUGGUGCCCAAGAUACCUCCCAGGCCACAGCGAGAUGAAUUAUUGACGAGAUGUACGACCUUGACCAAGAACAUGGUUUUGAAAUCUCACAAUUAUUUUGGCUUUAAACAUUCUGAAAUGUUUUAGCGUGGCUUAGUUUGCCCUGAAAAAAAGCUCAUUGAGAAUACCAGUGGGAAAGUAAAUUGUUUUUAUUCAAACAAUAUUUAACCUCAACAGUAUGCAGAACCUGCAGUUUUUGUUUAUGCAUUAGAAAACAAAAUGGUGGUGAUAUUUUUUCCACCAUUAUCUUACUGGCUUGAAAAUUUGUUAUAGUUGGUGUCCAAUUUUUAUUCAAAGGAGUUAAUAUUUCAGUCCUUGAAUUGAGUUCUCAAAGAAUUGCCAUAUUGUUUGGCAAAGUUUUUCAAAUGCAUUGCAGUCUUUAUCUUGAAUAGUGGUGUUAAAAAUACUAGUGUAAUUUCAUUGAAUAUUAUUGGUAUGUAUCUCUAGAAAGUCACAAUGAAUUGAACAAAGAAAUGAAUUUCAGUAUAUUGAUCGCAAAUACUACAUGCAAAUAAUUGUAAAUUAUUUCAUUAAUGCAGAGAUUUAGACAGUAUUAGUUAUUAAGUUAAUUCUGAUAUUAAUCUGAGAUGUCGUGAUUAAAAUUUGAG